CUUUGGCCAGACUUGAUGGUAACAGCAUGAAUCAUUUUGAAGGACAAGUGCUUCAACUUAAAUCCUCUUCACAAAAGAAAAAACUGCAGCCUGUUGUAAUAUUGAAGACGUCAGAGUCACCCAAUGGAAUGGUUAACUCCUUUCAUUGUGCAAAUUGCCAGCACACAACCUACAAUGUGGAUCAUCUAAUAGAACACCACCAUUGUUGCCAUUCAGGGCAAGAUUUUCAGUUUUGCCAGACUUGCAACCUCUACCUGAUGACAAAUGAACAAGUGGAAAAGCACUCGUGUGGUGAAACUAAAAGCACAAGUGUUUCAGAUAACCCUGGGCUCUCCUCUGAUUCAAGUUUACAGAAGGACAGAAAAAAAGGCAUUCACAAAUGCAAUAGGUGCCAACUAAAGUUUUCAAAACGACUUCAUUACAUUUCACACAUGCGCUCUCACACUGGAAAAACACCUUAUAAGUGUAAUGAAUGUGGAACAUAUUUUUCACAGUCAUGUACCCUACAAAGACACAGGCGUAGAAACUGCAGAUACAGGAUGCCACAAUUGCCAGUGAAAAGUUCAGAUGCAGUUAUCGGCACAACUAUAUCAUCACCAUCAAAGACUUUGGCACAGGAGGAGCCUUCUGCAAAACUGCGCAAAUGUUUUGUAAAGCUUGUUGACAUUUACAAACACAAUCUGUGUAGAUUAUGUGGUAAAGCAUUCUCGACUCCACAGCAGGUCAGAAAACACUUUUUAAGCAAACACAGGAAGCAGAAAUCUGAAGUUUUGUCAAGUCUUUGUACUACAAAACUCAACGUUGAGAAAAGCCAAACACCGAAGAAUGAGACUAGCGUGGACUUCAAAUGUCCUCUUUGCCCACGGCUUUUCAAGUAUACAUACAACAGGAAUCGACAUUUACGUCAAUGUGUCAAAGAUUCUGUAUUUGGUGGCAAGGGUAAAAUUGAUGGUAAAUUCCGAUGUCCCUUGUGCCACGCUACCUUCACUUUAUCAUCAAACCGGUGCAGACAUAUAAAUUCAUUUUGCCUCAGAGACUAUCUCAGUCAGCUUUCAAAAGAGACUAUGUCAAGGCAAAAGGAGACUGAGCAGGCGAGACAGUCCAAUGCAAAAGAGACAAAAACACUGUCAACGGAAACUGAACAGAAGCCUGGUUACAAAUGUAGCCUUUGUCCAGCAUUUUUUUUCCAUCCUUCUGGAAAGUACAAGCACAUGAAGAAACAUGAAUUGUCUAAACUCACAGGCAAAGUUACCAAGUACAGAAAAUCUGUGUUUUCUACCAUGUCUAAACCAGCAAAUUCAAGUAGUCCAAAGAACGAAGACAAUAAAAAUGACUUGAAAUCAACUGAAACCAUUAGCAGUCUUGCCCUGAGCUGUAAUUUUUGUGGAAAAUCUUUCGGCUCAUUGCAGUCACUAAAGAAUCAUGAGCGCAUUCACAGAGGUGAAAGACCAUACCACUGUCUUGAAUGUGGAAAAAAAUUCAAAAAGCAUGCCUAUCUGAUCGGUCACAAAGCUGUUCACCAGAGAAGGAUACAGUGCACUGUCUGCAGAAAGAUUCUACCAACCAUUGGGGAACUGAUCCAACACAGAAGCACACAUAUUAAAAGAGGAAUGCUUAAAUGUCCAGACUGCGCUAUGGAGUUCCAGUAUCCUGCACAUCUCCUGAAACAUCUACGCACCCACAAAAAACAAGAAGGAAAGACAACUCAGCUUGAAGAAAGAUUGCUGAUAAAACCACAGCUGUCCCAGGACUCCAUGAAAGAGAAGAGUCUUCCAAAACGGCUACAGUGCUCCUUAUGCAGAGAACUAUUUAAUGAUGCCAACCUGCUAAGAAAACAUUUCUUAAUACACAUGUCCUCUUCAACCCAGUGUCCAUUGUGCAAGCGUAAUUUCAAUCAUCGCCGCUAUUUGCUGCGCCAUAUGGUCAUACAUACUGGUGACAAACCCUUUUCCUGCACAAACUGUGGGAAAGAGUUUUUCCAUAAAUUCACCCUUACAGUUCACCAUAAAACGUGUUUGCCUGCUCCAACCAGACUUCGUGUCUCAAUGGACCCUUGCAGUAAAACAAAGGUAUCUCUUCAGUGUGACUAUUGUCCACGGGUGUUAAAAGACAAUUCCCGCCUGAUAAAACAUCACAGUGGCCACAAGACAGACUCUCUUGCUCCAUGCUCUAGAUGUGGGAAAUACUUUGAAUCAAGAAAGUUAACACGACAUAAGAACAAUUGUGAGAAUACUACAAAGACCAGUGCUGUCUUUUCCUUUCCAAGUAAAAGCAUCACACAGACAGUCCAGAAAAGGCCUUCGCAGACCAGUGCAAACAAGAUGCUUCCGUUUAAGUGCUCCCACUGUGCACAGAUGUUCAGGUACAGAUCUUUACUCUUAAGACACCUUUACUCACAUACCGGUGUGCAACCCUUUUUAUGUUCACUCUGCGGCAAAGGAUUUCGAGGUCGUAAACCGUGCUCACUGCAUGAAGCUCUGUGUGAUGGCACUCGAGAUAAGGUGCGGUCUGAGACGAUAAGUGUUGCUGCAACAAAAUCAUCAAGCAUUCCUACUCUCAGAGAGACAGCACAGAAGCCCCAAGCAGAAGCUGAAACUGAAUUGAAGUGCAAAUUCUGCACAAAGACCUUCAUGAAACCACGAAACCUGAGACGUCACAUUUUGACACACAAUGACGUGAAACCAUAUCGCUGUAGAGCCUGCGACAGUUGCUAUUCAAGGUACGAUCAUCUGAAAGUGCAUCAGACUCGUUGCAGAGGGAAAAAGCAGCGAUUGGAAGUCCGUAUUCCCAAAGUCAGCUUAAAUGAUAUUGGCAAGGGUUGGCAAAAUAAGUUUGGCAUUGAUUUGGCUAAAAAGCAGGAGACAUUUGAUUGCACAGUCUGUUCAAGGAGCUUCCCAACUCAGUCUAAACUUUCCCGACAUAACACUAUGUACCAUAUCACAAAAUUAUUCAAGUGCCCAAACUGUUGCACAGCUUUUUCUCAUGCAAAAACUUUGAAAAAGCAUCUGAAGAUGAGAAAAUGCAGAAAAGUCUCCAGAGCAAAACAAGUCUUAUUUUCACUAGGCACUAAUUCAUCCACUGAAAACUUGACAAUCCCCCCACUCGAGGUGCAGACUAGAGUUCUUAAGAGGUUCCAACCAUAUUUUGACAAAAGGAACAGACAUAUGUGUAGUUACUGUCCCCGUGCGUUUGCAUGCAUUUCGCAGUUAGACAUGCACACUCGCCUGCACACAGGAGAGAAGCCAUAUGCCUGUCUUUAUUGUGGUGAGAGAUUUAUAAGGAAGGAUUAUGUGAAGCGUCAUUACCCAAAGUGCAACAAGAAACAUGGCCAAAAUAAAGUGCUUUGUGAUGGAUGUGGAGGGUUUUUCUCUCAUGUUAAACUUGAAAAUCACAAAAAACAUUGCUCUCUAAAGCCAAACUUUUCAGAGUCAACAGUUGGCCAAAGCAAACAGUCAACCUCUCACAGCCAACCAAAAGGCUUUUCCUGUGCAUAUUGUAGUUCCCGUUUUCUGCUAUUUUCACAGCUCCAAGAACAUUUUUUAAAUGCACACAAGAUGGAAACAAUAGUACCCCCAGUGUCUACUGCUCCCCUACAACAUCAUCUGUCAAAUAUUCCAAACAUCAAAGAAGAGCCUUUGGAUGAUAGUUAUGACAAAGGGUUAAGUGAUGGUGCUAAUGUUAUCUGUAAACUAGAUGCAGCUCUUGAUUUGGAGGUGUCCAACCAAUAUUCAUGCUCUGAGUGUGACAUGUCAUUUUCAUGUAAAAAUGGACUAAGUGCUCAUCAGCGUGUGCAUAAGACAGAGCUUCCUUUUAACUGUAAAAUAUGUAAAAGAGGGUUCUGGAAUAAAAACCUUCAUCGCAAUCACUACAGGAAAUGUAGAAUUGCACAUAUUUCAGGGAGUAAUUCCAUAAGGCAGUUGGAAGUCCCCGUGAAAGCAAAGAUGGAUUUUGCACCUGAUGACUCUGUUCUAGUGUUUAAAGAUUUCUCCAAAUCACCUGGCACUGGUGUUUUACAGACCCACUCCUCCUGUCAAGAAGAUUUGAUAGAUGACUCCCAGAAAAAAUCAGAAGAAAACCAGGUUGAAGGCAACUCGGGUAAAGAUAAGAAAACUGUGCAGUACCAAUGUUCAGAGUGUGAUCAGAGCUUCUCAGAUGGCUUAAUGCUUAUCAGUCACCUCGAAGACCACGGAAGACAGGAACAAGAGAAAAAGCGCAAUGCAUGUACUAAAUGUGGGAAGAUGUGCUCUAGUCAAGGAAAUCUCCAAAAACACAUGAGGAUCCAUCUUGGCACUGCUAAGAAUUAUUCUUGCCCUGACUGCUCCAUGGCUCUUAACUCCCAAUCUGAGCUUGAAAUCCACAGAAAAUGUCACGACCCCAAUAGACGUUAUUCUUGCAAAUUAUGUAGUCAAAGGUUUUUGACAAGACCAUCUUUGUGUAAUCAUUACAAAGACGACCAUCCAGAGGAUGCAUACACUUGUCGUUUCUGUAACAAGGCCUAUGCAGCCAAAAAAUCAUUGGCAAGACAUUACAAAGCAUGGCAUCAAAAAGAGCUGAUGGAUCAUCAGAGUAAUGUACAGAACAAAAGCUGUAAUGAAAAACAACCCAGCAACCAACUUAGCACACCUGCCGGAAGUGAUUUGGAUGAAAAUAACAGCUGUGAAGAUGGUGACUCAGACUCGGCGCCGUACUUUCCGUGCCAUGUGUGCGGAAAGACUUUCCCAACAUCAGAAAGUCUUGAGGAUCAUCAGCGUUGUCACCUGGGUGAAAAACCACAUGAAUGUGCAGAGUGUGGUAGAUGUUUUUUUCAGGCAUCCCAGUUGCAGCAACAUCAACGAAUGCACAAGUCUGAAUUUCAAUGUCAGUUAUGCGGCAGGGGUUUUGUAUCUCUCUUUGCAUUGCGUAAACACAAGCAUACCCAUGGAAAGAGCCGACCAUACCGUUGUUCCAAGUGUCACCUCAGCUUCACAGGACCUUCACAGUUGGCUGAACACAUGACCACCCAUCGUGAAGAAAGUUUCCCAUGUGACAUAUGCAAUCGUGUGUUUCCCUCCAAGAGCAGUAGAGCUGAGCAUCGAAAAAGCCAUUCUAAGUCAAGAGCGCUUCAAGUACCUUCAGUCUCAAGGGAUGAAAAAGAAAAGUCUGUGUCACUUGCUGAACUCAAAUACCGCUGUGGUGUCUGCAGUGAGCGUUUCAGAGACCCAGAGGAGCUUUCAGAGCAUGGUUGCAUUGCAGCCAAAGAACGACAAUACUCUUGUUCAGAAUGCGACAGACAUUUUCUCCAUGCAUCACACCUGAAAAAGCAUAGGGCCACCCAUAAAAUAUCAUGGUCUAGUUGUGAAUAUCCAUGUAAUCAAUGCAACAGCAGUUUUUCUUCAUCAAAGGACUUCCUUAGCCAUGCUAAGAGCCAUGUUAAUACUGCAGCAGAAAGUGAUCACAACAUUGAAGUGAAAGAUGGAGGUCCACAUGGUUUCAUUUGUCCUGUGUGUCACCAGUGUUUUGCCAGUGCCACUGAAUUGAUUAAUCAUUUUCCCAUGCAUCCUGAUGGUACAUUUGAAUGCAAAAUUUGUAAAAUGUCUUUUACCUCUGAGAGUAAGCUAAAAGAGCAUGAGAGCAGUCAUCGGACAUCAGCCACUGGAUUUGAAUGCACAAAAUGUGGCAAGAGCUUUUUGGAAAGCAAUGCUUUCCUCCAGCACCAAUGUUCCCAUCAGCAACAAAGAGAGAAGCAGACUAAUGACUCAAAUCCAUCAGCUAUGACAUCCACUAUGAACUACCAUCAAGCAGCAGGAGAGGAAGAGGAGGUUGAUGUCACCGGAGAGGAUGUACAUGAUUGCGUUGUUUGCUCAAUGCAAUUCUCCUCAAAGAGAAGUCUUUUGGGGCAUCAAAAUGAACAACACACAGAAAACAAGCCGUUCAAAUGUGAGCUUUGUGGAAAAAGGUUUGCCCUGAGAAGGUACCUUAAACAGCACGAGCGAAGGCACAGUGAAAAGUUUACCACUCAAAGUAGCGAUCAGUGGGCAGAAAACAAACUCAAAUGUACCCAGUGCCGGAUUGAGUUCGAUUCAGCGGAGAAGCUAUCUUUGCAUAUGAGACUGCAUGCUGAAAAAGAAGGUGGAGAGUACCGCUGUGAUAUGUGCUACAAGUCUUUCAGCCAGGGUUCUUUACUUAAGCAGCACCAAGAGAGUCAUGUUGGCGAAGUUGUAUACGAAUGCACAGAAUGUGACAAAGCCUUUGCUUUCCCUCACUUAUUGGAGGAACAUCAACAGACUCAUGCUGGGUCUUCUCAGUAGAAAACGGGUUAUUAUAUAUACCAUCUAUCUUGUGUUUCCUUUGAAUUACUGAAACUAAAGUUACUUGAAUUAUUUUUUCAUGCCUUACAUCUGAUUGUGUAACUGGGCUGGUAAUCACUACCCUUAUCCAAUUUGUAUUUUUGGCCCUUAUAUACUUACAAGCUCUUAGCUCAUGUCAUUUUGACAGGGUAUAUUCUCCUAAGUUCCCUUUUACAUUGUGUAUAGUCGUAAGUUUUAAUAAGUUACUUUGUAUACAUUUAAGUAACCACAUGUUUUCUUGACAUUGUUUGUAAAUUGUGUAAAGUUGAUUGAUAUUCUGAAUCAAAGAUAUAUACAAACAUGAUUGGAUUUAAUGUUUAUAGAAUGUCUUUGAUAAAGACUCAAGUUUUUGAUCAAGCAUGGUCAUCUUUAUGUUUUACUGUUUUUUUUAAUAGUUUUUAGUCCUUAUUUUUGACAAAUGUAAAAUUUCAAAUGUCAGUUUUAUCUUCGUAUUUUCUAUGACUGUCAUGGAUGGACUAAAGAUACUUGAGAAAUGUUCUGUUAUAUUUUCCUCUGUUUUUUUUUUUUCUGUAUGAGUUGUGUUUUUGAUAUGAUCAUCUUGUACAGAGGUUUGAGACAUUCAUACGGGAUUAUCCUUUCAUAAACUAACGGUGUAACUUUUUAGAGAAAUUUGGGUUGAUUGAUUCAAAUAUCAAGUAAAGUCUACAGAAAAUA